AUGGCGGCGGGCAGCUCGUCUUCCUCCCUGACAUCGCAGUCCUCCAACACCCUCACGUUCGCCCCCGGCAUGGUUGCUCACCUCCCGAACAUGACCGGCGCCAGCGCCGCCGAUGUGCGCUCCCUCCUCGAGAGCCUGGCCCCGGCGAACCGCCACGCCUUCAUGCAACCGCCCCCCGCGAUCCCGUCCGCCUCGCUGCAGGUCGUCAAGAACACGCUCGACGCCUUCGCCGGCCAGAUCAGCGACGAGCAGCUGCGGCUGCUGAAGGAGGCGAGCAAGAAGCGCAAGAGGGCGGACGGCGACAGGGCCGACGUGCUCAAGAUUCGCAAGGUGCACGUGGACGGGUUCGAGACGACCCAGGUCUGGCAGCAGGCGCGACGCAUUAUUCAGAGCGCUCUGAAGCACUCCCAAGAGACGUUACAGGAGCUUGAGGACCGGAACGAAAUUGUCACGAACGACGUCGGCGAGGAGAGCCUUGCAGAGUCCGACGAGGAAGGCUCCGAAGUCGAUGACGACGAGGAGGACUCCGAAGAUGAGGAAGUCUCAGGAUUUGACCUGGAGGGCGUGGAAGGAGAGGAGGACGAAGAGGAUCUCGAGGACGGAUCUGACGUUGAGGGUCUGAACGGAGAUCUCGAAGAUAUGGAUGAGGGUGAGGAUGAGGAGGGAGAGGGAGAAGGUGACGAUGACGACGACGAUGCCGUAUCGGAAACAUACGUCGAGGAUCCCAAUGGCCUCAAUGAUGGCUUCUUCUCGAUCGACGACUUCAACAAGCAAACACAAUACUUCGAGGAGCAAGAUGCACGAGGAGAUCCCAACACCGACGCCGCCAGCGACGAUGAAGAGAUUGACUGGACCGCCGACCCUCUAUCAGCCUCAAGCAAGUCAAAAUCUUCGAAAAAGGCAGAUGAGAUGGACGAGGAUGAACAGGAGGAGGACGACGACGAGGAAGACGGCCCAACGUUCGGCGAUAUGGACCUCAACGCUCCCGAGGGCGCCAGCGACGACGAGGACAUGGACGAGGACAUGAACGAGCAAGAAGAAUUCAACGCGAACGGUAUCUACUUCAAGGACUUCUUCCAACCGCCGCCCAGAAAGGGCUCCAAGGACAAGAAGAAGAAGUCAGUCCGCUUCGCACCCAAGGAGAUCGCCGAGGAGGAUGUUCAGCGCGCGAUGGACGAUGUCAGGAGAGACCUGUUCGACGACGACUCUGAAGUCGACGAGGAUUCCGAGGAUGCUCUCUCCGAUGUGUCCGCCGGCGACGUGCGGUCCCGCAGGUCAGCACACGAGAGACGCCAGGCCAAGCUCGCCGAGGAGAUCCGCAAGCUCGAGGCCGAGUCCGUCGCCAAGCGCCAGUGGACACUAUCAGGCGAGGCCUCGGCCGUCGAGCGCCCCGUCAACUCCCUGCUGGAAGAAGACCUUACCUUCGAGCACGUCGGCAAGCCCGUGCCGGUCAUCACGACCGAGGUCAGCGAGGGCAUCGAGGACCUCAUCAAGCGCCGCAUCCUGGCGCAGGAGUUCGACGAGGUCAUCCGCCGCCGCCCCGGCGCCGAUUCCCUGCCCGAGAGCACGCGCCGCGGGCUCAUCGAGCUCGACGACUCCAAGGGCAAGGGCCUGGCGGAGGUCUACGAGGAGGAGCACCUCAAGAACGCGGACCCGGAGGGGUACGCGUCCAAGUCGGACGAGAAGCUGCAGCGCGAGGAGAAGGAGAUCGAGAACAUGUGGAAGGAGCUCAGCGCGCGGCUCGACUCGCUGAGCAGCUGGCACUACAAGCCGAAGCCGGCGGCGCCGUCGCUCACGGUGGUGUCGGACGCGGCGACAAUCGCGAUGGAGGACGCGCAGCCGGCGACGGCGCAGGGCGUCAGCGGCGGGCAGAGCGCGCUCGCGCCGCAGGAGGUCUACAAGGCCGGGCGGGAGACGGCGGAGAAGGGCGAGGUGGUGGCCAAGAACGGGCUGCCGGUGGCCAAGCAGGAGAUGUCGCGCGAGGACAAGGUGCGGCGGCGCAGGCGGGAGAAGGAGCGGAUCCGCAAGGCGGGCGGCACGGACGCCAAGAAGCCGCUCAGCAAGAAGGCGCAGAUGCAGAAGGACACGCUCGCGGACCUCAAGAAGGGCGGCGUCAAGGUCAUCAACCGCAAGGGCGAGGUCGUGGACGUGGACGGCAACAAGGCCAAGGCGGCGGUCAAGGCGACGAGCAGCAGCUUCAAGUUGUAG